CCGUCGUUCUCGCCGGUCUCCGACAUUCAUCCGCGUCACAGCUUCCCUUCGAGAUCAAGAUUCAAGAAAUCUUUCGGGCAAAGACAUGUUUGCGACAAGCAACAAAACAACAUCUUGAAAACAGUCCACCCACUCAUCAACCAUGUCGGGCAAAAACAUGUCGUCGCGUUUGCUGAACAUGAAGUUCAUGCAACGCGCAUCAGCAUCAACACCAACUACACCCACGACUCCAGACGGCACAAGACCUUCCAAGCGUCAAAGAACAGAAGCAGCAGUCGACCCCGAUGUCCGCGCAUUCCAAGAAGCCGCAGCCGCCGAGGAAGCGAAGAAGAACGCCUUCAUCGAACGCGCCGCCGCCGAAGCUGGAGAGACAAAAUGGGUGCUCAGUGUGAGCGACGACAAACCACAAAACACUGCAUCUUCAUUGCGCAUUGUAGAAGCUGGAUACGGCGCCAUUGACUCGGGCGCACCGAUACCUGAGAGUGACGAUGAAGAGGAGGAACAAAGCGCAGGCAUGGCAGGAAGAAGGAGUUUUGGAAAGUUCAACAAGGCUGUCGAGCGCCAACACAACCCCGACCUCUCAUCCUCAGAAUCCGAAGACGACGAAGACGACGAAGAAUCAGAAUCCUCAGAAGAUGACGAAGACCUAUCCGAAGCCGACCUCCUGAUCAAAGCCGAACGCAAAGAAGCAGCAGCCAAACUUCGCGCCGAACGCAAACAACAACGAAAAGCAGAAGAAGCACGGACAAAACAAAUGGCCGAGCGACGAAGAAGCAGAGACAUCAACCUCAACAAAGUAGGAGGAAUCUCGAAUGCCGCCAUCAGAGGUAAACAGGCUGCUAUGGCGAAUAUGGCUUGUCAUGUAUGUGGUCAAAAGGGACAUUUGCAGAAGGAUUGUCCGGAUAAGAAGCAGAGGAGAGGAGAUAAGAGGAGGAGUGGCGGUGGCAGAGACAUGGACUACUAGCCAUGUCGAUCCCCUGAUUGGGAAGAAGACAUGAGUUUUUGUCUCGGAACUCCUGCCUCUUUUGUCUCUGUCCAGUUUCGAUACCCUUGCUGUAGAAUAUGCAAGCCGCAGCAUCUUUGUUCGUGUCUCAUUCAAUUCCUCUGUUACCUUCCUUUCUCAAACCCUGAGAAACCUCGGAUCUCGGAUCUCAGGCAUCCAAAUAUCUCAUUGUCUCAUCCCUCUCAAUCAAACCCAUUACCCUUUACACACAAAACACAAUCACAAUAGCCAACCUUUCCAACCACGAUCCAAAAGACAUGCACAGCAAAAUCUUCCAGUCUCGAAUACGCCAUGUCGCUUGGAUGACCCACCACUUGCAUCAUUCCCCGCUUUGAAGACUCGCUCAA